ACCUUUACUUACAACCAAAAAUUGAGAGAUGAUUGUUAAUAAUUAUUAUUUAUUUUAACGUUUUCUAACAACAUUCAACAUUUUCAGUGUGAUAACUUUCAGAAUAAGUAUAGUUUUAAAUUUUUUUCAAAAAAGUAUUGAAUAAUUUUUUUUUUAUCCUUUUUUUAAAUUUGUUGUAAAUAUAUUUAAUUUGAUUUAAACAAUGAAGUUAAUUUUGCACAUAGUGGUUAUUUGUGCUGUUGUUGUACAAAUUCGUCCGUCUGAUAUUCUAGUUAUAUUUCCAACGACUGCCCAAAGUCAUUACCGUGUAGUCCGUCCACUCAUACAUAGCCUCUUGGACCGAGGUCAUAAUAUAUUGUCCAUUACAAAUUUUCCAGAUUCAGACUUUCGACAAAACUUGACACACAUUAAUAUAGCUGGAAUAAAGCCGCAUUCAAAAUUUGGAACUAAGAAGCCAACUAUAAUUAGCAUGGUUAAUCGUGUAGUUGUCAAUUCAGAUCUUUAUAUGAAUAUCCUAAGCCACCCACCAAUAGUAGACCUUCUAUUGUCCAAACGGAAAUUUGAUCUAGUCAUUACUGAAAUGCUUACCACCACAUCACUGUUCGCACCUAUCGCUACGAUUUUAAAUGCACCGAUCAUUGCUGUGUGUCCGAUGUUUUCGUUUCCAUGGAUUCAUCAAAUUAUUGGAGAACCGCCAAAUUGGUCCUAUAUGUCCAACAUAUUGAUGCCAAUAAGUGAAAAUGCACCUCUCGUUCAACGAACUGGUAGUAUAGUUAAAAAUUUAAUAUUUUAUGGCAUCUUCAAUUGGUUGUUUAAUCCAAAAGUACAAUUUUCUGCCGAAAAACAUUAUGGAUUGAAAGUGUCUUCAUUGAUGGAUGCAAUGAAUAAUAUAAGUUUGGUACUAGUGAAUUCACAUCAUAGCAUACAUAAGGCCUUACCGCUUGCUCCGGGAAUGGUAGAAAUUGGCGGAAUCCAUGUAUUAGAUGCAAAAUCUCUCCCCGAGGAUUUAAAAGAAUUUCUUGACAACUCUGAAUUUGGAGUUAUUAUUUUUAGUUUGGGUUCCAUAGUUUCAGAGGCUACAGUAGGACAAGAUAAAUUAAACAACAUUUUCACAGCUUUUUCCAAACUCAAACAAAGAGUAUUAAUGAAAUUUGAUGUAAACAGCAAUAUUACAGCACCGUCAAAUGUCAAACUAGUGAAGUGGUUACCACAAAGAGAUCUUCUAGCUCACCCUAAAGUAUUAGUAUUUAUUUCACACGGUGGAUUGAUGAGUGUGUAUGAAGCUAUUCAUUGUGGUAAACCUGUUGUAGGAAUACCAAUAUUUGGUGAUCAACCAACAAAUGUACUACAUCUAGUUGAAAAAAAAGUAGGUGUCUUGGUUGAAUAUGAAAAACUAAAUAGUCAAAACCUGUACAAUGCCAUUCAAAGUGCGUUAUCUAUAGAGAUGAGCAAUAACAUGAAAGAACUUCAACAAUUGUACUUUGAUCGACCUCAAACUCCUCUUCAGACUGCAAUUUAUUGGACAGAAUACAUCAUAAAAAACCAUGACAAACCCACAUUGUUAAAAACUGAACAAAUCUAUUUGAAUUGGUAUGAAACGUACUUAUUUGAUGUAAUAGCUGCCAUUGUUAUACCUUUAUUUUUAUUAUUGUACAUUACAAAGUUUUCUCUGAGAAAAUGUUAUAUGUAGUCAUACAUACAUGUUGACUUUAUUAAUAUUAGGAAAUUUAGAUUACUUUUUCUAAUGAUUGUUUUUUAAACAAAUAUAAUGUUGAGAACAAUUUUUUUUUUAA